UGCUCUUGAAAGUUUCAACUUAUUUUUCUGUACAUUACUUUCUGUAGAUCAACUAUUCGAGCAUGGAAACUGCGGUGUUUUCAGGACCCCAAGUUCUUGCUAUAGAGAUGAUGUAUUAAGGGAUGGCAACGGCCAAAACUCAUACACCACAGAUCCCGCCACAUCUAAAACUGGUGGCACUACACCUUGCACUAAACCUCAUCAAGAAGCUUGCAGGGAUGACCAUGCACGUACUACUACUUGCUCAGAUCAUAUACCCCCCUCUUCUAGUUUGCCUGACAGCAACCAUGAUAUGAAUAGAACCAACAAUCUCAUUGAUGCCAUCUAUUGUGAAGAGCAAUCAAAUCAUAUGCAUACUCUCCCUUCACCACGCACUACCCAAUUUGAAGAUCAGGCCAAAACUGAUCAAAAUAACAUGGUGUCAGGCACUUUACAUGUGUCAGAACAGAGAACAGGGAAACGCAUGACACGGAAGCCUGCUAAAUAUUCUUCACCCUUCAAGUAUGGAAUUAUGUCCCGUCCUGCACCCAAUGUGGACGCAGCAACGAGUCUCUUUGGACACAUGUGCGCUGAUGACUCCACAUUGAAAAGCAUGCCGGUGAUCCAGUUUGGUAGCACCCCUUUAACUUGUGACAUGAUUGCACAAUCAUUUGCCGAUGGUGCAAUCCCAGACUCAACUUUUAUCACAGGAUUUGUCAAAUGUCUUAGCUAUGAUGAUUAUUGGAUCAGACCUGAGUGGCAUGGUUACAGAAUUUUUUUUGAUGCUGACCUCUCAGCAAUUCUCAAUGUUGAGUGGCACAAAAGGGACAGCUCCGAACCCAAAUAUAGCCAGUUUGCUGCAGUGACAGCCAUCCAACGUUGUCUUCCUUUCACAGACUUGAAGAAGACAAAGAUGAUUCUUCUACCAGUUCUACAUCAGCACCAUUGGUCUGUUUAUUGCGUUAACUUUGGCCAAUCACGGAUUGAUGUGCUUGACUCAUUUUUGUACAAUCCUGAGUCUGACAACAAUUGGGACAAUUAUCAUUUGGAAUUUGGGAAAAAAAUCAUGCACCGACUAAGUGAUGCACUCUCCAUUGCUGCACCUCUCAAAUUUAAAUCAUUCAAGAACUGGAGACAUGUCCCGGUCAAGGUUCCCGUCCAGAAGGCCACGUCGGACAGUGCAUUCUUUGCCAUGAAGUUUCUCGAGUUCUAUGAUGGUGAUGGCCAUGGCUCACUACACACUAGCAUCGCUGCUGAACGAUCUAAAGAGUUGCGUGCUGAGACCUUGUACUACCUCACUUUUCAUAAGCAGAACAAGGUUGUGGCGCUGCCCGAUGAAAUCCUUCACUGUGCAUAUUGUACAUUCUCAUGA